GUCAAUCCUUAGAUAGGUAUCGAAAAAAGAGUUGCAUUGGUUCCUUGUGGAAUGCAGAGGUGGAAGAGAGGGUGAGCUGUCUCGCACUGCCACCACCUUCCUCAUUAACUUUCACGACUCGGAUCGCUGCCCUACGAGUCGCACAGCACCACCUUCACCCGAUUCGCAUCCUUCCGUUCUCAGUACCUCUCACUGGGGCUCACACGGACUGCACCGUAUCCGCUCGUGCAGGCGUAUCUGAUCCGAAAAUGGUCCAACCGAGCGUGCCGGGUGAUAAUAGCUGUCUGCAUGAUAUCUUUUUUGCGUGCAAGGGCUCACCACUGACUCUCGGAUUUUGCUCUCGGAUUUUGCUACGAGCUGGUUUUCAAACGCUGCUCGCGACCAUCGUACAUGUGUCAGCAUGUUUGACUUCGAGGUGGGCAGUUAGACUCCGGCUCACAGCUGUGCCCGGGCCAGCCACACGGUGAUCGUUCGCAUAUGUAUAAUCUGUGAUGCAGAGCUCACUAAGCGAUGGAUCAUCUGGUCCCCAUUAUCUAAAAGCCAAGUACUAAAAGCCGUGCGACGCGCAACUUCUUGCUCGAUGAAAUGAUGAUCGGCUCACUCGGGCACCUCUGGUGUGCUCAGACGCUGCUCGUGAAUGCUCAUUCUCGCUGGACAGAUUUGAGCACGUCCAUUACAUCGCCGUCGUCCAUCCUGUAAGUGACACAUCAAGCAUGAAUCACACCGACGAAAGGGCAUAUAAGGGCAUGGCACAAUCUCCAUGUACAUGCCUUCCUUCACUCUUCCCAGCGGAGUCGUCUUCAGCUAUACCGACAGCGGGAUUCCCACGUCCAACGAGACAAACUAUGUUACGCUGGUGCUCAUUCAUGGAAUCAUGUUCAACAACGGGACCUUCCAGUCCUUGGCAGCACUCGGGCCCUCCAAUGGCGUCCGCGUCAUCGCCCCGAACCGUCGAGAUUACGAUGGGUCAACUCCGUUCCCGGACACGUCAGAGUUGCUCGUGAACGGAAGCGAAGCGGAGAAAGAGGCAUUCAUAGCGGAGAUGGGACGCGACUUCGCGCUGCUGAUCGCGGGGCUUGUCGAAUCGCUUUCUCUUCCGGGUGGAGUGGCUGUGGCUGGUUGGUCGCUGGGAUCUCUGGUCCUCAUGGCCGUCGUCGCGUCGAUGGAAAGCUUACCUGAAGAUACGCGCCGGACGCUCAGUAGCUCUGUGCGAAGCGUCAUCGUCUAUCAGCCCCCCACCGUCGUGUUUGGUAUCCCGAACCCGGAAGGGAUGUACGUCCUACCGGCGGAUUCCACCCUCUCUCAGACCGAGACGGGACCGUUCUUAGCGCGUUGGCUGUCGAGCUUCUUCAUGCAUGGUGACCUCUCGACCCGCGAUCUGCGAAAUCUGACCUACUCUCGCACUGACCCGAAUCGGCCGCCCACCAUCGAGACUAUCCCAAUGGGCGGCAUACUAGACUUGACGGCGGGUGCCAAGGCCGACGCGGUGAUCGUCUCUCCGAGUUUCGCCGCUGCCAUGGGGAAAUUGACUGACAAAGCGCUGUUUGACACAUACGUGCGCGGUCAGCUAUGGAAAGACAGCAAGUUCUAUCUCGUGACUAGCUCCAUGGAUAGCUGGAACUCUAUCUACGCCGGGUGGAAGAUUGAGGAGCGGAGUUUCGCGGAGGCGAAGCCUGAGUGCGAGAUCGCCUUUGAGUUGGUGGAAGACGCCAAUCACUUCUUCGUAAUGGAAGAGCCGCAGAAGGCACUGGACUGUUUCAAGCAGUGGUUUGGCCGUUAGCUUAACUUCAUUCUGUCCGAUUGUGGAGAAAACAUCAUCCCCCGAGCUCCAGUCAUGAGAGCGAUACUGCGCAGCCUCCUCUAAUGCAAUUGCUGCUCUGAUGCAAUAACUUUACUGCAGCGUUGUUAUUGAUAGAACUACUUGAUAUCGCUCGUUCUUUAUCUCAGCAUCCACUACAAUCUUUGUCUUC